CAACCCAACCCAGUCGGUCAUUGCGCGACCUGCUACGCGCACCUCCAUCGCGCGCCGAUCGAAACGAAUUUAUGACAGAAACAUAAACGAGUGUCAGUGUUGUGUGUGACUACCGUAGGAUUUGGGUUGCGGACGUCGGCCGUAGUUAAGUUAUUCCGUUAUUUAGUGUGAACAAUGAAACUUUUGCACGCAUUCCAUAAUUAAUCUGUCAUGUGACCGCACGGUGGUCAGUUUAUAACCUGAAGUAGGAGUGAUGGUGAUCAAUAAUGCCGGAUUGGCGUUACAACGUGCUGUCGGCGAACGAAGCGUACAUAGACGCGAAGGAAACGCCGCCGCGGGACCCUCUCGCGGCUAGUUACCCGCGGCGCGCUGAUCGCACUCGACCCGCCCACACAUGCCCCUACACCACUAUAUUCCUAGGAGCACGUUCGCACCAAACUCCUCAUCGCUUGCAAACCCGACAGAGCGAUGCGGGUGACCCGUACGCAGACGCCUACUCCGUGGACCGUUCCUCUAAUCUCACCGACACUUCGAGCUUUGCCCACUACGAAGACUGCCGGCCGCAGUUAGAAGGCAUAGCUAAAGAUGUAGAUGACACAUAUACUGGAGAAAUAUUAACAGACGGAAAAGUGACACUGCAGGUGCAAAAGGUGCCAUACACUUCGAGCGUAUUUUAUGUGUCGGCAAGGACAGCUGCGAAAACAGAAGAAGUAGAAGGCAAUGAUUUGUUUGUAGUAGAAGGGUCAGAUUCUGAUGCGUUGUCCUCCUGCACUUGUGACAGCUUUGAGCGAUGCGAAUUUGACUGUCGGGAUUUUGAGCCAUUUUCCGACACAUGUUGUUGCGACCCACUCAGUGAUGAAGUUUGCAGUCGCAGCCCGAAAGAUGUUGAGUCGCCUGAAAACUUUUGUGAUCGCGUGGUCGAGGAAGAUAGGGUCUCAGUUCGCAGCGACAUGGAUGGACUCGAUCUAGCUCUGUUCGAACCGGCAGCAACCGACUGCCUCGAUUACGAAAAUGACCCUCCGGUACUUAAAAGCGCACCGAUACCGACUGCGCUCUGUGGAGUACUGUACGCGCUUCCGCACACUAGCAACGACACUGCUCCGAGCGCAGGCAGCGGCGCCGUUGUGGGUGUACCGCCGUCAUGGGAGCCCUUCUAUUGCGUGCUGCAGCAGGACAGACGGAUCCUCACCGCCUACACUAGCGAGGAGCUUGCUUCCUUCCCGGGUUUCUAUUUGGACUACAAGGCAAACAACAACAACAAUAAUAAUAACAACGCAGAAUACACAAGAAGUUUGCCUCGUGUCCGGCUCGAUGGCGGUGGUCAAGUUGCAAACGGUAACGCUGCGUCGCGACUUCGGUGCUGGGCUGCACCACCCUCCAUCACCGAGGAGGAAGCUGAGGACGAAAUCGAGGAAGACGCUAUCUCUUUGAGAGCGUUGCCUGUGCAAGACACAUCAUACGAGAAGGCAUGUCGGCGCGGAUCGGCGCCCAGCACGCCCGUGCCGGGGGCGCAGGCCCAGCACAGCCCCUCGCGGCUGGCCUCCUUCUUCUUCUCGAAGCGCUCCUUUCGCAACAACCCGCUCAAGCGGACCAAGUCAGCCACCAAGUUGGAGCGCGACCGGGCCCUGCAAGCUCCGCCCACGCACCCGGCCUCGCAUGCUUUGAGGACCUCCAGAUCACACGAGAGUUUACUAUCGGCGCACUCUCCUGCAGUUUCCACCAUGGAUUUGGGACCGCCAAAUCAGGUGGAAAUACGUGCAUUGCACUCGUCGGUGCUAGGCCGGCCGCAUUGCUUCGCCCUAAGCGCUGAGAAUCGCGCUCCUCGAUAUUUCGCGUGCGCCUCGAGAAAGGAACGUGACCGUUGGAUUUACAGUCUGCGGCAGGCCGCGCGGCCCGACGAGAUGCGCACGCGGCGCUGCGAGCGCUCGGUGAAACUGUGGCUGCUCGAGGCCAAGGCGAUUCCGCCCAAGAAGCGCUACUACUGCGAGAUAUUGCUCGACGACACGCUUUACGCGAGAUCAUCGUCGAAACUGAAGUCGGAGCUGUGCUUCUGGGGCGAGGUGUACGAGUUCACCGGGCUCCAGGCGGUGCGCGCGAUCAACGUCAACGUUUAUAGGGAGCCCGAGCGGCGCAGCCGCAAGCGGGACAAACACGCGCUUGUCGGCACAGUCCGCAUCCCGGUCGACGACGUAUCCUCCCGAUACCUCAACGAGCGUUGGUACCCCCUCUCCGGGGGCGACAAGCCGCAGUCCCCGGGGGGGCGCGCCCCGCCGCCCCCCGCCCCCGCGCUCCGCAUCAAGUGCCGCUACCAGAGCGUGGACGUGCUCCCGCUCGACCAUUACGCCAGGUUCCUGGACUAUCUCAAGAGGAAUUACAAGAGGCUAUGCGAAUAUCUGGAACCGCAUAUUGGCGUAAAGGCUAAAGAGGACAUCGGUUGCGCGCUGGUCCUGUGCAUGGCCGGCGCGGGCCUGGCGCCCCGCUACUUGGCCGAUGUGGUAGCCCUGGACGUGCGCAGGACGGGCGACCAUUCGCUCACUUUUCGAGGCAACUCGCUGGCUACCAAGAGCAUGGAGGCAUAUUUGAAACUCGUCGGCGAUCAAUAUCUGCAGGACACACUGAGCGAAGCGGUGGCAGCGGCCGCCGGUCCCGGCGCGGCCGAAUGCGAAGUGGACCCCUUGCGUGCCGGCAGCGGCGCAGCCCUGCGUCGGCAACAAACCGCCCUCAGGGACGCGGUCACUCUAGCCUGGAGGGCCAUAGCCGGCUCCGCGCCACGGUUCCCCCCACCCCUCAGGGACUGUUUCGCCACCUUCCGCGAGAGACUGAUUGCGAUGGGCCGAGAGGACAUUUCGGACAACUUGAUAAGUGCGUCCAUAUUCCUCCGCUUCCUCUGCCCUGCAAUUCUGUCUCCAAGUCUAUUUGGGAUUACUCACGAGUACCCUAAUGAGCGAGCCGCCCGUAACCUGACACUAGUUGCCAAGACCCUGCAGACACUGGCGAACUUCACACGGUUCCAGGGCAAGGAGGCGUUCAUGGAGUUCCUCAAUGACUUCCUUGAACAAGAGGCGCCUAAUAUGAAGGCGUUCCUUAGAUCUAUUUCGAUGCGUCCUCAAGAGCAAGCGCAGGAGGGCAGCAACCGCAACUCGUCGGCCUCGCAGAGCUCCGUGGAAGCGGUGGAGGCGGACCCCGAGUGGGCGCCGCACGUGGACCUGGGCAAGCAACUGGCGACUUUGCACGCGCUGCUGGUCGACAGCCUGCCUAAACUGCCUGGCGGGAGGACUCAGGAACUGGAGCCGUUGCAAGACAUCCUGGACGAGCUGAGCAAGCGACUCGCGAGCAGCGACAACGGCGUCACGCCGCACGUCGCCGACAACAUCUUCCGCUUCAACGACCCCACCUGCACCACCCCCACCAACAAGCCCGCGGAACCCUCCAGCGGCCAGAACAACUUCGCUCACAGCUCCCCUAUAAUGCCCAAGAGCGGCGUGCAGUUCAACAUAAGCCCCUCCAAAUCCAACGCCGAGGAUUCCAAGUACAAAGGCGCGUACGCCGGCAUGAAAUCCCCCGCCAACCUCCGCUCCGCCACCCUCCCCAGAAACGUGUACGCCUCUAGCCCCGUUCAAAACGUCAACCCCGACCGCUAUAGCUCGCAGUACAACAACCAGGAACAUUGCGUCAACCUUAAAGUCGUCCAGAUAGGAUUCGGUUCCGACCAGUACCCCAAAGGCAUUAAUAAUGGCGUCGGCGAGAGCCUCGAGCGCCGCAUGCAGGGCUACAAACCCGGCAACUAUCAAUCCACUCACUUCCACAACGCCAACUACAACGCCACCGAGCGGUCGCCCAGCUCCGACAACAUUAACCACAAUUAUUGCUCCAAUGACAUGCAAAAUCUCAUGAGGGACACGGCCACUCUCGAGGAGUUAUCAGACUUAUUGAAAUACGCCGACGAUUCUGAUAUCGUCGACGAGAAACUUAUUAUGAACAAGAAGACAUUGUCACAAACCCAGUCGAAUAACAACAACAAUGUUGUCGUUAAUGGGAAUAAAGGAUAUGCUAAUAACGGAUCGAACGUCUCUAUCAGCGGGCUCUCGAACGUCGCCAGCUCCGGGUAUCAAAGCAUAGCCACCUACAGCCAAAGUUCUAGUCCCGUAGAAAACGCCGCCCAUCACCAUCCACCUUACGAGAACGGCGGCCAGCCAAUGAGCCGGUACUCGCAACUUAACUACCAGAAGCAGAGGGACAAGCACUACUACGACAAUAAGAACGACAAGUUCUACCCAAAGAGCCAAGUGCAACAGAAAAUAGAGUACGACAUCCAAAAAUACGGCAUCCAGAACUUUACGAUGCCUGACGCCGCGCAGACCAACACGAGCGCGAACUCGAAGAUGGCUCCGCUCGUGUUCACAAAUCCCGUCUACAACAUGGAGGACAGCCGUCAGACUUCGGAGAAGAAGAAAACCAAUGAGAACAGGAAUUCCAAGCGAUGUCCCUGUGGCUCGUCCAGUUCAUCGAUAGAUGAGGAGGUUCUGAGCACGGACAACGUGGAAACUAACUCCGAGGAGGGUUCUACAAACUUCAACGACGAAGGUAGAAGCUACGAUCACCAGAACCGCAACAAUACCCACCGAAAGAUAACCAGAGAUAGUAAUUACGAAGACGUAUACCAAAGGAGCAAUCACAGCCAUUCGCCGCGCGUGCGCGACGACGAGUCCUCCAGCAACUCGCCGAGCCUGCGCAAGAGCAGCAAGACGCGCAUGCCGCGCACCAAUCCCAUGCUCUCCUACUCCACUAACCAAAACCCACCGAAUUACAAGCAUUUCGGUCAGCGCGGCGAGUCACUCUACGAGAGCAAGCCCCACCACAUCUCCACCGAGGGCUACCCCAUGAGCCGCUCCGAGUCCAAUGUCGAGGAGGUCAACAAGGAGAUGUACCGAUUACAGAUCUCACGGAGUCAGAAGGCGUUGAGCAAUAUGGACAAUUUGAAAGUCUCUCCAGAGAAAUAUUCGCUCGGCGACGCCGCGUCCGAAACUAACUAUCCCCUUGAUCGCGCGUAUUCAGCGGCUAAGAUGUCGAGCAGUCGUUUGAACGAGGACCUGGACAGGCACCAGGAGUAUUACCAGAGGCGGGAAUCGCCUUCCCGAAUGGUCUUUAGUCGAGAGUCUCACUCGAGCGAGGCGAGCGAGCGCGCCGGGCGCGAGGCGCGGGAGGCGCCGCGCGAGGCUCGCGAGGUCCGCGAGCCCGGCAGAGAGAAGCUGCAGAGGCGGCUGAGCCUGGAGUCGGCGCGGGAGCUCACGGACAGCUCCGACGACCUGGAAGACACGCUCUACAGCACCACAGGACGCCGCCGCAACAAGCAUCACAGGACCAUCGAACAGUACGAGCGAGAGAUCGACCGGCUAAAGAACUCCGUGGACCUGCUGCGCGGGAGGCUGGGCCCCGCCGAGCCCGGCCAGGACACUUCCGACACCAAGAUGAAAGCUAUUAUCACCAGGUUGAUCAGUGUGGAGGAGGAGUUGCGGCGCGAGCAGCGCAAGAUGGCGGCCGCGCUGUCGCACAAGCAGCGCGUGAUCGAGGCCCAGGAGCACCGCAUCGCCGCGCUCGACGAGGCCAACACGCGCCUGCUGUCCGCGCUAGUGCACCUACAGCAGCGCGCGCCGCACCCCGCGCACCAGCACAACCACCAGGAGCUACAAAUAUAAUCAC